AUGACUCUUAUUUUCAUAGCAACGAUCUCUGCAUGUGGGUCGUCCGUUGCAGCCAUUGACAAUCUUGGGCAGAUCGCCGAGUCACUUAAAUAUCCAAAUCAUUCCAUAAGUAUUUUGGUUUCAUGGAUUUCCAUAUUCAAGUUCUUUGGUCGGAUCUUCUCUGGUUUCAUCUCUGAAACCCUUAUCACCAAAUACAAAUUACCUCGCCCUUUCAUGUUUGGUCUUACCCAACUUUUCACCUGCACCGGCUUGCUCUCCAACGCAUUCCCUUAUAUAAAUUUAGUCUAUGUAGCUUCGUUGAUCGUUCGGUUUGGCCUUGGAGUCCAAACUCUAUUGAUAUUUGCCAUAAUCUCUGAUCUCUUUGGCCUCAAACAUUACUCGACACUGCUCAACUGUGGGCAACUGGUUGUCCCACUUAGAUCUUAUAUAAUGAACGUGGAAGUAAUAGGGAGGUUUUACGAUGCCGAAGCCACUAAAAUUGGAAAUGUGAAGAACGGAAAGGGCCUAACUUGCACUGGAACUCAUUGCUUUAGUGAAUCGUUCAUGAUUUUGGCUACACUGACUUUGUUUGGAGCGAUGACUUCGUUUGUGCUAGCUUAUAGAACUCGAGACUUCUACAAAGGCGAUGUAUAUAAGAAACACAGAGAUGACAUAUAG